UUCCCCACGUGAAUCAAUAUUCAAGCCCCGAUCUCCCUGUUGAGCAAUGAGGCCGCAGAGAAGAGGGAGUUGAAAGACAGAUGAGACAAAGGGAGGGCUGUGGGAUGUCAUGUGUAAAGAAGGAGAUUCUCAUUGGAGGCAAAAAGAAAGAAGAUCGGUAUGCAUGUUUUGAGAGAAAAAGGAACAAGCAUCCUGCAAACUGAAGCCAUCUUUGUUGCUCUAUUGCACUCUGGGCUCCACAUCUGACUGUUUUAAGCUUUGGAGGAGAAAAUCUCUAACAAGACUGGAAUGAUGUUCUCAAAGUUGAAGUGGCUGAUAGUGAUCCAGCUCUUGCUGAAUGAAGAGGCUUUCUGUAGGGUCCCUCUUUCUCUGGCGCUGAGAAACACUCCUCUUCCAGGAGUAGAUUACAAUGAGGCAGGAGAGGAGACAGCCAAACAGGAUAAGUCAUCUCACCUCAAAUCCCAACUUGAUGUCCCAUCUGCAAAAAAACCUGAUCCAGUAUUAUGGGUUGAACAAAAAGAGGAGAGAGUUCGAUCUGCCCAAAAUAUAACAUCAGUGCUGAAGGCAAAGCUUGUUGGGCAGAUUCAAGAUCAUCUCCACAUCCAGGGGAAUGUAAGAUGUGAAGAGCUGCUGUCUGCCAGCACAGUGGACGACCCGUCAUCCUCCAUGUUCCCCCAGGAGCUCCUGGGUCUCUCUUUAGUGCCCGUGUUGCUGGUGGCAGGCUGCCCUCAGGAGGCCCACACCUUGGUACUCAAGCUGUACGACCUUUUAGGAGUGGCUGACGCAGAGGAGCUAUUGAUGGAGGUAGAGGGUCUGAUGGAAAGGAGGAUGAGCAAGUCCACGCCUGCCCCUGCAUAUGAGAGGGAUGAAGCAGGGCGCCACAUAGAGGCUGUGAUGUUUAACAUCCAGCAGCUGGCCAUGGUGGGUGAAGAUUCCUCCAAACAGGAGGGUCAUUGUGAGGGUUGGAGCAGGGUGAGGGGAACCAUGCUGGCAGGAGCAGCAGUGGAAGGAGCCACAGGUGAUCUACAGGAGGCUGUGAGCUCCUGUGAGAGGCUGGGAGUCCUGUGUGCGGGUGUGACCAGCAAUGGACUCAAACCUGGGAAGUUCCAGGCAGUGUUUAAGAAAGGCAGUCGUGUCCUGCCCUCUGAAUCCACAGCGUCUGAAUGUUGGAUCCAUCAGUGCAGCACAUAUGAGGAUGUUUGGAUCUCUGCUGUUUCAGGUGGGCGGCUGAAACGCAGCCCCGAGAGAAGAUGCAUUAACAAAAGCGAGCAGCGUGUGUAUAACGUGGUGGAGUGGAUCCCUGCAGUCAGCACCCUCUACAACCUUGGCACAGCUGUGUACUACGCCUCAGUCAACUGCUCUGCAACAGCCAAGGAGAGAGCCAUCCUAAGCGCCGUCGACCUCGGCACCGAUGCUCUCAUGGUAGCCACAGGGGGUACUGCGGGGGUGGCAGGCUAUGCGCUUGGGGCAGGGAUGAAGACCGGUGUGAAAGCUGGCGUCAAGUAUCUGCUCAACUCCAUGAAGCAGGAGGAUGAUGUGCUGGUGAACCAGUUCAGCUGGGAGGACGGUGUCAUCACCGUCGAGUAGACUGGGGUCGAUAAAUCAGCCUGCAACACUUAAGCAAUAAAUAUCGCUAACAUAUUGAGUAACAUAUUGGUUUGUUUUUUUGUAAAGAAGUUUAGACAUUUACGGUUUUUUAGAAUUUAAUUGAAAUUUCAGUUACAGUAAAAAGUGAAUUACAUUACACAUUACACUACACAUCUGACCAAAAGUGAUUUUCUUUCUGAGUUCUGAAAAGUCCUAACUCAAAAAUAAACUCUGUCAAUAAUAUCAACAAAAUAUAAACCAGGUCAUGAAGUACAUUUUGAACAUUUCUGCAUUAGAAAGCAACUAUUUUGGAUAAUGACUAAAAUAGUGAAACAUAGUAAGCAGCAACGUUUGAAGAACUGGUCUCAGGAAAUUAAACCUUUAAUCCUCAAGACUUUCAUUUUGGUUUCCAUUAAGUAUCUUAUUUUCGUUUACUCUUGUUGUUUUCUUCCUAUCCGUGAAAACAUUUUGUCAGGUCAGUCAUAUUCCCACCUCUGGUGUUAAAUGCAGGGACAAUAGACUGAGAUAUAAAUAUUGUUGUUAUAUAUGCUGUUUCUUUGUUUAAAAGGUCAAUAAAGUGUACAUUUAAACCUAA